GAGAUAGACAACAGCCAGGGUAGAAUAUUGAUCUACCCAGCUGAGUUUGAUGCAGAAAACGAAAAGGAAUAUUUAGACUUUCAGCGUUGGUGCAAAGAGGAUGGCAGGGAUAUGCCAUCGUGGCCGCCCAAGGAGGAAAACCCCAAAGAAGAAGAAAAAAAGAGUCAAAGAGACGAAGAAAACGACGAGGACAACGACGACGAAAGUGACGACGAAAGCGACGACAGCUAUGAUUGGUACCCAGAAUAUCCAGAACAGUAUAAAGUCACGAGCGAUCCAAUGCCUGCUGAAGCAACCAUGAGUCGUCCGAUCGCCUACCUGCUAUUUAGAGACAGAGCUGAGCUUUUGUUUCAAAGCGUGGUGAAAGGUUUGUCCUCGGCCAAAAAAACGACAAAAUUAAGCCCCCUGCAGGAAGCAGUUUUGAAGAACAUUCAGGAAAACAGAAAAUUACCUAGUGUUGCGAUUUCGCUUGAGAGAACUAGCUUCCUGGUUCGCAUUUCCGCUCUGCAGUCAUCUGUACCUGUUUACCGCGACAUUAGAGUGCCAUCAAAUAUGAACCUGCGUAUGUUCCAAACCCGAGUUCUGUGUCCUGUCUUCGACUGGGAUUCAAAGUUAAUGCCAUUAAAAUACAUGUACUACCUCCCGCAUACGUGCUAUCCCUCUGGGCGCCGACCCUUAUCAAACUUCAAAGACAUUGUGUUCACAACACCCUAUCAAGACGAUUUAACUGGGAUGAUGAUGACGUUCAACGAUGAAGCCCUUUAUGCGGAAAUUAUUGACGACAGAGAUGUUUGUCUCGUAGACUUUUUGCAGGAGGCCGGGCACACUUUAUACUACCAGCAUAACCUUACAAUACCCGUAACUUUACAGCUCAAACUUUUGCAAAUUGGCCAGGAAGAUACUGUGGAGCUUAUUGGAGGGACGGGCAUUAGUCCACCUGAGAAUCAUUUGGCAACGGAUGGCCCAUUUGACCAAGAAAUACUUGGAAUUGAUGCUUUCAAUCUUGCUAUCAAAUGGCUACAAUCCCUAUCUAUCCACGAGAGCUACAAGAGGGAAGGCAUGCGCCUGUUGCAGAUCCAACUGAAAGACUCAAAGACAUUUGACCCGACAAAAUUUGAUCUGCCUGGUGCGCGCGAAAGACUUAAUCGAUCAAUUCGUCAUUCUACUGCGAGGACCCAUCUACCAAUCACGACAGGCCAAUCAAUGGACGUGAUAUUUUCAGGUGACCCAACAGUCAUUAGGAAUCUCCCAAAAGUAAAUUUUUUGGGAAUGUGUAAAACAUGCCUUAAAGAGAACGUCAAAUUGCUAAAAUGUGGACGUUGUAAAAGCGUGUUUUACUGCUCAAAAGACUGCCAGAAAAAAGACUGGAAGUCUCAUAAAGCAGUGUGUGCCGUUGCUUACCAUAAAUAA